AUGGCUUGGUCAUGCGUGGUAAAAGAUGCUCUGAUAGGUAGUGAUGGACAGAGCGAAGAGGCUGCCAACAGCGUCCAUAUGCCAGGGGUGCCGGAGGCGCGCAGCCAGUCGUGCUCACGCGCAGGCAGUGUGCAGCGACGCCGUCCGAGCCGAAGCUCACAGUGGGGCAGCCACGCAAUAGAGACAGCUAAGUUUGUUGAGGUGUGUGCUGCGGCACGGCUGCGGCGCUGCUGUGGCGGCGGGCCAGCACCAGAGCUGCGGGAGCUAGUAGCAGGGAUUUGCUUGUCUGUGCUCAGUGAUGCAAAGCAAGUGGAAGACCUAUUGGCGCAAGAGUGGGUCGAUUCCUGGCAGGGCUGGACAGAGCUGCAAGCCAAUGGCAGCGACAGUGUAGCCGCGGCAGUGGCAGAGCGUUUCCUGCGAAUUGCCGGCGCAAACGUGCCGGUCCGGAUGACGUCCAACAGAGAACGGCUGCGUCAACUGGAAGAGGAAGGCCUCGACCUCAAGAUUGCUUCCUCCCAUGGUGUCAAUAACUGCCUGAUUGAUUCAUUGUUGCUGGGCUUGACGCUGACGGGCAUCGUUCCGCAGAAGUAUGCUGUGGGUGAGCGCGCGUCUGUGUGCGCGAUGUGCCGGGAAAACUUGCUGCACGAGCAUGGAACCCCCCUUGGAGUGUACUUAGACGGGCACAGAGAUACGCCGCGUAUUCUCAGCUUCUUCUUCCGUGAGCUUUGGGCAGCGGAAAUCGCCAUUCGAGUGUACUUCCAUGAUUGCCUUGAUCAAGCAGCGCUGGGCGGAGCUGCGGCGGAGCUGGCGUACGUAGACUUCACAAGGGGCGCUCCACCCAGUGACAGGCAGCACACGCUGUACGUGUACAAUCAUACUGACUCGACAGGAAAGGGAUAUCACUUCGACGCGUUAGUCCGGCUGCCGCUGCGCGAGAACGACUGGAGCUCCGCGUCACAAGAAACUGCUGCCGCCGUGAGCGCGCAGGAAAGCGCGGCGAGGACAGAGGCAAACAGCGCCGGCACCGACGAACCAGCGCAGUGGGCAGUCCGCGCAGAAGGCGCAGGCCAAAGAUUGGGCUCGCACGGCAUAGCGCCGGAAGCAGACAAGGGAGCCACGCAGAAAAGAGCCCGGAGGGAGGAACCAGCGAGGAGCACGCAGCAUAGACCGUCGAGUACUGGUCAAAAGAUACAGCGGCGUCAGCCACGGCAAGCUGCGCGGGAGAGUGGGCUCGCCAGGCAGAACCGCCGUACGAAGCAGCUGCGCGAAGCUGCGCAAGGGGAGGCACAAACUGAGAGCAGCGCUUGCCAGACUCAACAAAGGGAAGACCCCCUGGAUGCCAAGGCAGUGUCCACGUGGCGGCCACUCAAACGGCUGCGAACGAAAACAUCCGUAACUGCUAGCCAAAACAGCGCUGUCAGCAGCGAGCUUUUUGACGAUGACCUGUACGUGCUGCAGCUGCAAGCCGUCGAACAGAGCAAGGACCCCCGCCGCGCAGAAGAACUACGCAUCGAGCGCCUGAGUGAAGCAAUCAGCGAGCAGCCAACGUUGCCUUGGAAUUGGCAAAAGAUGGAAGCAGGGGUGGCGUAUGACCUGCCAAAUGUACACUGCAGUUUCAAGGCGUGUGAGUUCCAAGCAGACAAUGAAGAAGACCUGGCUGUGCACAUAGCCACUGCUCACGACGCGGCCUUUGCAAGCAGCAUGGAGGCAACACUGACCGAAGCAGAAAAGCUACGAAACAAGGGCAGAGAGCGCGAGAAGAACGCGGGUGGGCUACCGCACUGCGGGGAAGCGCUGCGGCAAAUGGCCAGCGUGAUCGUGAAGAGCGCGCAUGCAAAGAGCGACGAUGUGGACAUCGGCCGUGUAAUACAUCAGGCUCGCGUGCGGCGUCAGGUUGUGGUGCAGCUCAUAGAGGCGGCGGUGGAGCGAGGUCACCCCGCCUUCCAACAUGUGGAAAUGGAAGCGAUGUAUUGCAAGGCAGCGCAGCUGCCUGAGGACGCGGUCCCGGAAGAAGUCAUCGCGGUGUUACCAGUGGACAACGCCCUGAACCAAAUCAUCCGGCAGAAAGCCGCGACGCCGGUGCGAGAAGCAAUGCCAAGCCACGACUUAGCGCAAGAAUUCAGGCACAUGAUGAAACCCAAUGCUGUGGUAGCCGAAAAGACCAGCGUCGGGUUAACGGACGUCAAUGCCAGCCACGUGUCUGCGUUGCAAGCACGUUUCCGCCGCCACCCCGACGCACCGCGGGUAGAGUUGGCUGACUGGGUGAAAAUCAUGGCCCGCCGUUGCGAGGCACACGUUGCUCGUGACUGGGUCUUCGGAUUUUCUGCCUGGAAUUUACAUUUCCGUUCAGCCCUCAAUUUAAGCCGUAAUGUGGCUUUAUUUGACGUUCCGGUCUAUGACGAUAGUACAGAUACAUGGCGUCGGCUAAAAGGAGAGGAUAUCGAAGCAAGUGCACAGGAGUUGCUGAAAGCGCUGCGAGGCCAGUACAUUGACCGACGAGGCAGGCCAAAGGCUGUAAAUAUGGACAUAAGUAAGCUGCAGUAUGUGCGUGGCCUGCGCCCAGCCGCGCGGAAGCUAGUCAAGAACAUGCGACACACAGCGCAGGAAUUGCCGGGGACACAAGAAGCCCGCAAGCGGAUGCGUUUCGAAAUCGAAGGCAUGCGGAUACGCUUCGGCGUGCCGCUCUUUGUCACCUUUUCGCCCGACGAAGCACACCAACUGCUGUACGUCCGCAUGGCGCGAACUCGCUGCAGCGAUCCGGUGCGCGCGGCGGCCUGGGACCAAGACUGGAACGUGGGGGACCGAGACUACCCACCUGUGGACAAUGACACGACUUGGCCUCUUCAUGUCGAGACCUUCCGUCGGCUUGUGCCAGGCCAAGAUACGGAGGCCAUAGCCCAGGGCAUUGCCGAUGCAGAGGCCGCAUGGCCUGAACACAAAGACGCGGUGGCUAUGAUCCAGAGCCCACCCUACCAGCAGCGUCGCGCAUGGCAAGCGCAACAAGCGGCAGAAGAGGAGGGCAGAGCCUGGGCACAGCAGUAUUUGGCAGAGGAUGUGAGCACCCUCCAGUUCUUAAAGCAACAUCAUUAUCACCCGCCCAGUGGAGAGACAGGUGACCGCGUGCCCUUGCAUGGCUGCCAGAAAGCAGAUCGUCCCGGGGUCUGCAAAAGCGACUUCCCCCGCGAAGCUUGGGUCACGCCGGUCGCAAAAAUACUUUGUCCAUGCCAAGCAGAAGCGCACGGUAUGGCCACGCAAGGGCGCAAGAACCGCAUUGGGGCAUUGCACGGUCCGUAUGGCAACGAGUGGCUGAAUUGCUGUCACCCAGCAAUGCUAGCCAGUCUACGCGGAGCAAAUGUGGACGUGCAAGUCCCGUACCGGCUCCCGUUCGAUUGCCAGCGCUGUGGGUCUGACCUGUCUGCAGCGCAACGGCGAGAGAUAGUUCGCGCAGCACAACGGGCACAGGAUGCGCAGACGGGAUACUGCGCGGACUACUGCGCGAAGAGCCAACCCAUGGCAUUUCAUGAAAUCAAAGAAAUGCAGAAGGGCCAGCAAAGGCUCCAGCAAAGCAUGCAAAAAGAACCGGUCGAAAAAAUCGGACAGAGAACCGCGACGCGGUUCCUGAGUGAUGCGUACUGCAAAGGCAUCGUGCGCGGGCAGGUAGAAUGUUGCAACCUGCGUGCGUAUCAGAAGGGCAGCUGCGUCGUGGCUGCGGAGCGCAUCAGCACAGCAGCCUUCUGCAGCUUCCCUGGUCGAGCUUUGUUGCAGGCGGUCAAUGUCGCCGUCGGCGAAGAGGCAGUGGGGCACUCGGGCAGCAGAUACGUGUGGGGCAAAACAGGGCCCGGCGGCCGCCAAAGCUUACGGGAAGUGAACCCUGCGCACGCGUAUGGCCACAGACCGUCGCGCCCGGACAUAUGGUGUUUGUCUCCGUACGAAUUUACGACAACGUGGGAGCUGGAGCCACUGCGGAUUCCACGGACACGUAGUGAGUGGCAACAGCUGCACGGCACGCACUCGGAUGUGACUUUGACAGCCAGGGGCGCCGCAAAAUUCGGCACGGCCGAGGCAGACAACUGCAAGGUGCGGCUGCUGCCAGGCGUCGACUUCAGAAGAGCACAGGGCGCAGAAAGCCGGAACAAGGCGUAUUAUCCGUCAAGCGCCGGAAACGCGCUGUGCCACGCCUGGUGUUUGCGUCGCAAAGCCCGACCACAGUGCCCCCAGAUGGCCAGCGCGCCGGUGCCGAAUAGAACGGGCGAAGACACGGAGAGCAAUGCGAAGAUGACGAUGACGUAUUUUCGGGCAUGGACACUGGACAAAAAACGUAGUGGAGACAAAGUGCGGUACAUCAAGCACUUGCGUGAGCCAGGAACGACAUGGGACAGAAGCUUGCGCAGGUGGUUGCUACAGCUGCCAUGUGCCGAGACAAAGCAAUACGUGGGGAACUUCUUGAGCGUGUACCGCGUUCGGCCGGACACCGAGCUGGACAAUAGCGACAACGAGGACGACAAUGAAGAUCUGGUUGUGACGGAAGAGUUGUUAGGCGUAGCCUGCCAAACACAUGUGGCAGUGGAAGAAGACAACCACAAAGAAAGCAAGUGGUCCACACAUCGACGUUUGCUCGUGGACGCGUUACAGCGCGCCGAACAGCACUGGGGUGGCCGCGGCGUAUCGAAGAGUGCGCCGGGAGAAGUGGGAAACCCAUAUGCGACAAUGGACACGAAGGGCAUCGUGAAAGGUUUGCAUCGCGCGGCGGAGGCCCCCGCAGGGAACGCAACGCAGACGAAACUAGAGCCGAGCGUGACGCGACGGCCCGGCCGGUUGCAGGAAACCCUGGCGGCUAUCGACCGGUGGAGCAGCACGGUCGCCGACGGCAAAUGCAACCGCAAACAGGCCGAACUCUGUCAGCGCGUCGCGCAACAGGUCAGAGCAGAGCUGCUGGCAGAAGACGGCGCCAGUCCGCAGCCACUGCGCUGGGUCGUGCACGGGGGUCCCGGCACGGGUAAAUCGCACACGUUGAAAUUGAUCCGUCGCGAGCUCUUUGAAGGUAUCGCCGGGUGGACGCAUGGCUCGCAAUACCACGUCGUCACGCUGCAGGCGGUGAUGGCCAAGGAACUGGACGGCGAUACCAUUCAUCACGCGAUGGGCCUAAAUUGGCAAGGCGCGUCCGACGACAAGAUCAGCGGAAGCAAGUUCCUCGACCUGAGUGCGAAGGCCGUGCAAUGGCGGUGGCUGAUCAUUGAUGAAAUCAGCAUGGUAAGCGCUGAGCUGCUGGCAAGAAUGGAUUUACGAUGCCGAGAGCUAGUGCGCGAUCUAGCGCAGAGCAAGUACGCCCCGGGCAGCGCGCACGCGCAGCCCUUCGGAGGGUUGAACGUACUAGUGGCAGGGGAUUUAUGGCAAUUGCCACCACCGCGCGGAACUUUUUGGGGGGAAGUGCCUUGGGAAAUGUUGACCAAGGGGACCAGCAAAAAAGUCGCCCACACCGUGCAUGGGCAGAAGCUGGUGUGGGGCUCGCAGGCGGAGAACAGCAUCAUCCACGGCAUCACAGAACUAGAGCAGUGUGAGCGCACGCGAGACACAUGGCUGCAGACGCUGCAGCAGCAGAUUCGGGAAGGUGCUUUGAGCGCCGACAAUCACGCAUUUCUGCAUGGGCACGACACAGGUGUCCCGGGAAGUUGGUCCGGGGAAAAACUGGACUGCGAAAACGCAGCGUGCCAGCAACUGCUGCAGAGGAAGGUCGUCCCGGCUCGCAUUCGCACACUGGAGUGCAAGCAAUGCCAGCACGAACGCGCCUCGAAAAAGCGGGUGUUGGAUGGAAACAUGAGGGGUGACGAGCAAAGGAAGCUGGAGCAAGCAAAGGCUGUUUUUGCGACGAAUGCGGUGAAGUACCACGUCAACAAGCUGCGUGCACUAGACUGGGCACGCCAGCACCGGCAAGAGGUCAAAUAUGCCAUUGCAAAAGACACAAUUUCCAGCCGAGCGUUGCAAGAAAAACCGGACUUGGGCAAAGACAAGUUGACAUGGCUGCAACGUCACGAUCAGGACUGCGGCGGGCUGUACGGGGUUUUGCCCUUGUGCGUCGGCAUGCCUGUCACGGCAACCGAUCACUUGGAUCGCCGCAGAGGCAUACUGAAGGGAUGUCCUGGCACAGUUGUUGGAUGGAGCUGGCAUGAAGCAGCGGGCACAGAAGCAGGGAGUACGACACAUAUUUGGAAUCAGCUCCCAACUUGUGUCUUUGUCCGGUUCCAGACCAAGUCCCAGUGGCGAGCGCACAAGUUAUCCACGGACAACGUGUUUCCGGUGACGCUCCAACGGCAAGCGUGGCAUCUGGACAAGGGCCGAAAGCGGCCCAUGCUGCGGGUGGUGCGACGGCAAUUUCCGUUGGCUCCCGGGUUUGCCACGACUGCGCACGCGGCGCAGGGCCAAACUUACGCAGAAGGGGCGGUCACGGACAUGCAGAUCGGCGAAGGAGGAAGUGUGUCGCGAAGUGCCACGAAAGCAAACCCAGAAGCGGGUACAGCGCCGGGCAAUGGAAACGGGACGCGGACGCACGUGUGUGCAGAGAAUGCGUGCGCACAGAAGCGGUGCUACAAGUGCGGCACGGCCAAGCCGGAAAGUGCAUUCGGGGCGGCCGCGUGGAAAGGGCGCCAUGCAGACCGACGUGUCUGCAGGGACUGCGCCAUGAAAGUCAAGGGUGCGUGGCGCUGCGCCGUGUGCACGGAACGUAAGGCGCGCAAUGGCUUCAGCGCCUGGUCCAGGCAGCGCGCUGCACCGCAAGACGGAACGCAGCGUUGCAACGCUUGUGUCCUCAGCGCGGCCAAGCGCGCAGCAGCGCAGCGCGCAAACAACAGACGUGCGCGGCGCAGAGGACGGCCUGCCCGGGCGGAUGCACGGGUCUACAGCUGCCACGGGCAGCGGUUGCCACGAAGUGUCGCGCAUAGAGCCAUACGGCGCCUGGCUGCGACGCGGACGAAAGUAGCCGAAGAAAAGAGACAGCAAGUCAUAGGUCUUGUACGGGAAGAGAUCGCUGACCAUGUGCGACAGAAGCAAGCCGAGGAUGAGGUGCUCUUUCCCCGGGCGCAGGAGCCGAACCGGAGCAAAGAAAGCCAGACGGCUCAAAGCAAGACGGAACCGGAGGCACAAAGGCUCUCCACAGACAGCAUGCCGUCGCGCAAACGCCGCAUGGAACCACGACAAGACAAGCGCGCACAGCCGACGCCCACCAAGACCCAGACAGCGCCUCCGCCACAACGAAAGUCGCAGGCAAAGCCGCAACAAGCGACGCAAGCCACCCCGACCGUCGCGCAGACGACAAACGCACCGCCGGCAAAGUUGGCUGGACAGACGGCCGCCGCGGAAACGUUCCAAUAUGCGUGUCCGUUUUGUGAGGUGUCUGUGACCAGCACUGUGCGCACAGGCCAAGUAGAUCACCGCCGUGUGUGCGGGAAGUUGUUUCGUGUCAAAGACGGACACGUUGCCGCCAAGAACUUAGUCUAUGCGUGUCCAUUUUGCAAUGGAACUGUGGCGAGUAACGUGAGGACAGGGCGGGUAGAUCACCGAACCGUGUGCGGCAACCGAUUCCAUGUGAAAGAAGGCACGGUUAGCACACAGACGCGGCAGCAUGAGGUGCUCGCUCCCCGGGCGCAGGAGCCGAAUCGGAGAAAAGAACGCCAGAUGGCGCAAAGCAAGACGGAACCGGAGGCACAAAGGCUCUCCACAGACAGCCUGCCGUCGCGCAAACGCCACAUGGAACCACAACAAGACAAGCAAGCACAGCCGACGCCCACCAAGACCCAGCCCUGCACACAGACAACGCAAGUAGCACAGGCAGAGCCUGCAGCGAAGCGUGCAAAACACGUGUCGGUGAGCAGCCAAGCCAGGACAGCGCCGCCGCCACUACGAAACUCGCACGCAAAGCCGCAACAAGAGACGCAAGCCACCCCGACAGCCGCGCAGACGACACUCGCACCGCCGGCAAAGUUGGCUGGACAGACGGCCGCCGAGGAAAUCUUCCAUUAUGCGUGUCCUUUUUGCGAGGUGUCUGUCACCAGCACUGUGCGCACAGGUCUCAAAUCGUUCAGGAAAGACAACGCGCCGCAGACGGAUGUCGUCACGUGCCAAGAGUUCUGCGCGGCGUGCUCCACCAACGAGCCCGUGCAGCUGGACACCUUGGUGAAGAUCUUCGACAAGGACCGGAAACUCGGUUGCCUGGAGAACUUCUUCCUCGACAAGACGCUCGGCGAGGUCCGACGUGCUGCAGAAGCCGAGAGCGAUUCUGCGGCGCAAGAGGAGGAAUUGGACGAUUCCGAGGAGGCGCACGCGGAGCACUCCCGGGUGGUUCAGGCCUACAGAGAUGUCCAGUUCAUGUUGAAGGACUUGGGCCGCAUCGAACAGCUGGCGCUCAAGACAGCUCAGGAUUUGGACGUGAACCCCAACACCUUGGGAUUGGUUGGCACAAGCAAUCAUCCGGGUGUGGCGGCACCCGCUGGCAGUGUGCCUCCCAAGCUGAAGCGCUCGGUCUCGGAAGAUUCCAUUGGAGACGAGGCCUCGAUGGAGAAGCGCGACCCCCGCGACAUCGAGCGAUGA